GCAAAAUUUCUAAUCCAACUCCUCAAAGUGCUACCUACACAGACACCAUAUGCUUAACUAUAUAUGGUCUCUUUGUAUAUUAACAACUCCAUCAGCUUUACAUAUUCAUAGCAGCAUUCAGCAACAACUCCAUCAGCAGCAGAAAUAUCUUGUAUAGAUGCAACAUGGCUGACCAUCUCAAAAUUCAUCCUGUAGUAGAUAUUGAAGCACCUCCAACGGCUCCUCUAGUGGCCAAUUCUUCAUCAAAAGCUUCCGAAAGAGGGGGAUCAUUAUUGCAUGUCAAAGACAUGAAUCCAGCUCCACCGCGGGCACAACCUCCACCAGGCCCUCCACCACCACAAUUUAGGCAAACCACCCCCUUAAUCCCAUCACCACCACCACGACGUAAAUCAAGAAGCUUCUGCUGCAAAUGCAUCUGCUGGACAAUCUCUCUGUUGAUCCUCAUUCUCAUAAUUCUUGGAGCCAUAGUAGGCAUUCUUUAUCUGGUUUUUCAACCAAAAAUUCCUAAAUACUCUGUGGACCGCCUCCAAAUCUCCGACCUGAGGCUAAACACAGAUGGCAGUCUCUACGCUAAAUUUGAUGUCCAGAUCACAGCAAAAAACCCCAACAAAAAGAUAGGAAUAUACUAUCAACAAGGAAGCCACUUAAGUGUAUGGUAUGCAAAAACAAAACUAUGUCAAGGCAAGUUUCCGAAAUUUUACCAAGGUCAUAUGAAUAAAACUAGAUUAGACGUGUCGUUAACGGGGCAAGCACAAUAUGGAAACACAUUGUUGGGGGCAUUGCAGGAGCAACAACAGACAGGAAGGAUCCCAUUAGACCUUAAAGUGGAUGUUCCUGUCAGUGUCAAACUUGGGAAGUUGAAGCUGAGGAAAGUGAGAAUACUGGGGAAGUGUCUGUUGAUUGUUGACACAUUGAGCUCCAAUAGUGUGAUCACUAUCAAAGCUAGUUCUUGCAAGUUUAAAUUGAAGCUGUGAAGGCUGUGAAAUGUGUGGGGGUUUAUAGGUUAAAUGAGAUCUUUUGCAUGGACUACUAUUGUAAUUUUGGGUAUUGGUGUUUUGUUAUUAUGGGUAUUGAUUGAUUCUUUUAAUUCAAUCUUUAAAUGGUGUUUAUAAAUCAGUUUCUGUAAUGGUCUGUAAUAAUUGUUUGGACAAUUUAUGCUACAAACUUUGGA